UAUGGGUGGUGACGGGCGUUUAUUCGUCGGUCGCCUCAGCAAAAACACCUCAGAACGUGAAGUUCGCUCAAUAUUCUCUCGAUAUGGCGAAAUGUCUCGUUGUGAUGUUCGGAUUGGCGUCGAAAUGGGAUUUGCAUUUGUAAACUAUUUUGACAGACGAGAUGCCGACGAUGCUAUAAGGCGGGAAAAUGGGCGUGAAUACCACACAAAGAAAAUUGUCGUUGAGUGGGCGAAAGAUGAUGAAGGACCAGGAGUGAAGAGGCGUGCCGGACGCUUGGACAGAUCCAGUGAUUCUUGCUGGAAAUGUGGAGGUCUUGGGCAUCAUUCAAGAGACUGCAGAGGUGGUGCAAGUCGCCGGCGUUCGAGAUCAAGAUCACGGGACAGACGCAGGAGAUCGCGUUCAAGAUCAUACGAUGACAGAAGACGGCGACGAUCCUCAGAAAGACGAAGUUCUCGUCGCCGACGCAGAAGUCACAGUUCACCCAUACGUGACAGAGAUUCAAGGUCACCAGACAGAGAUCGAUCACGGACGCCACGUCGAAAGAAGCGCGAGAGACGAGAAAGCAAACGAGAAGAAAAACGAGAAAGGUCAGGAAGUGCAAAAAGCGAAGCAAACGGAGAGAAAGAACGAACGACUAGUCCAAAACAGAGCCGUGAGUCACACAGUCGUACAAGAAGCCGAACGCGUAGUGAAACUGGGUCCAAGCAUGAAAACGGGGACUCAUCUGCUGAGCCUAUACCAGGUACGGUCGAGGAAACUGCAUCCCCCAAAGAUGCCAAACGAUCCAAGUCACGAUCGAAUGAUGCAAGUUAAAUAUUUAUCUGCACUAACAGUCGUGGGCAAGAAUAAGAAGCUAAUUUGGCUGUUAAAAAGUCAAAAGACUCAAGCCAUGCUGUUUUUGGUAAAUCACCAUUUUUUGUUAAUGUUCAUUUCCUUUUGAAUAUAGUUUUUGUCACUUU